GCCUGGCGAAGUCAGUCAAAUGUAAUCAACACCGAGAUCCUUUCCAUCAAACAACUCCACUGCACAACGACCUGUUUUCUUUCUGCGCAUCCAUCGUCUCCAAGAUAAUACAAAUCUUCCCUCCUUUAUCUAUCAUUUAUUUCUCAUUCGACCAUGCCUGGCCUGACUUCAGCCUCCGGAGUCUUGGGCUUCCUCCACGAUGAAGAGCCCGAGCUCAAGGUGUUUGCUCUGCAGACCCUGAACGACGACAUCGACACUCUGUGGACUGAAGUUGCUGGGUCCAUUGGUCAAAUUGAAGCCUUGUACGAAGAUGAAACCUUUCCCGAGCGACAACUGGCGUCCCUAGUAUUAGCCAAAGUCUACUAUCAUCUCCAAUUCUACAAUGAGAGUAUGACCUUUGCUCUCGGCGCGGGCGAUUUGUUCAAACUUGACUACGAGGGCGAAUUUGAGGAAACCAUCAUCUCGAAAUGCGUGGAUACAUACAUCAGUCUCUCGGUCACCAAGCACUCCACUCCCCAAGAAUCUUCGAAAGCUGGGCCUCUUCCUACCUUGGCAACCUCUUUCGCAGCUGGGACAGAUGAUGCUGCAGCCGCUGCAGCUCUCACUUCGCCUACGACUCCAUUCUCUCAAUCUACCUUGCCUUCCAAGUCACUACUAUCAAGAGCCUCAACGGAAAAUUUGUUGGAUCCAACUGGCUCAGAAGGGACAACAGGGGCAAUUCCGAUACCGGAUAGAGCUACACAAUCGGCCCUGAACCAAGUCAUCGAGCGACUGUUCGAGAGUUGCUUGCGCGAGGGCAGAUACCGUCAAGUCGUUGGCAUCGCUGUCGAGGCGAGAAAUCUUGAAGUGCUACGCCGGGUCAUCAAGCGUGCGAGCUCCGAGUCUCGCACUAAGCAAACCGAAGGUGUACCUGGGCCUUCAGAAGAGCUGAUGGAGUACGUCUUGGGUAUCUGCAUGGAUGUAGUUCAGGAGAGGGCCUUGCGAACAGAGAUCUUAAGGUUGAUCCUGGAUUUGCUGAACGAAAUUCCCACUCCCGACUAUUUCUCGAUUGCGAAGUGUGCAGUGUAUCUGGAUCAAGACGAACAGGCGUCGGAAAUGCUACAGAAGUUGACAGCCAAAGGCGAUAUCACUUCGACGGCAACCGCAUACCAAAUCGCUUUCGACCUGUACGACAAUGGAACUCAAGAGUUCCUAGCUAAGGUCAUUAAAUCUCUUCCAACUAACCCCGAAGGAACAGAAGAAGCAGAGGAUCCGACCAUCAGCCGAAUCCGCAAGAUCCUCAACGGAAGUGAGACCAUCAGACUCAACCUCGAAUUCCUCUACCGCAACAACCAUACAGAUUUGAGCAUUUUGAAUAAGGUUCGGGAUAGUCUGGAGGGACGAAACUCCAUCUUCCAUACAGCAGUCACGUUCUGCAAUGCGUUCAUGAAUCAAGGGACUACAAACGACAAGUUCUUCCGUGAUAAUCUCGAUUGGCUUGGCAAGGCUGUGAAUUGGUCCAAAUUUUCAGCAACUGCAGCUCUUGGAGUUAUCCAUCGUGGCAAUCUUUCCCAAUGUCGCAAGUUACUCGAGCCGUAUCUGCCCAGAAGAACUUCGCUUGGUGGCUCCAUUUUUAGCCAAGGAGGUGCUCUAUACGCUUACGGAUUGAUUUAUGCCAAUCACGGUGCCGAUGCACUUGAUUAUUUGAAGGAACAGUUCAAUGAUGCAAGCGAGGAAGUCAUUCAGCACGGCGGUGCUCUUGGUCUUGGUAUUGCCGGGAUGGCUACUGGGUCGGAGGAGAUCUAUGAAAGUCUUAAGAAUGUCCUCUACACCGAUUCUGCCCUCAACGGAGAAGCUGUGGGUCUCGCGAUGGGCUUGAUCAUGUUGGGUACAGGCAACAUCAAGGCAUUGGAAGACAUGAUUGCCUAUGCCCACGAUACCCAGCACGAAAAGAUCGUGCGGGGUCUCGCUGUCGGCAUGGGUUUGAUCAUGUAUAGUCGCCAAGAAGGCGCUGAUGAGCUCAUUGAGGGUCUGCUCAACGAUCCUGAUCCAACUCUUCGCUAUGGAGGCAUUAUGACCGUCGCUCUGGCCUAUUGCGGCACAGGAAGCAACAAGGCUGUGCGCAAGUUGCUGCAUGUCGCUGUUAGUGAUGUUAACGAUGAUGUCCGAAGAAUUGCUGUGAUGAGCUUAGGGUUCAUCCUCUUCCGCAAACCAGGAAGUGUGCCAAGAAUGGUCGAAUUGCUCUCCGAAUCUUACAAUCCCCACGUCCGAUACGGUGCAGCUAUGGCCCUUGGUAUCUCUUGUGCGGGUACCGGACUCGACGAGGCUAUCGAUCUUUUGGAGCCUAUGAUCAAGGAUCCAACAGAUUUUGUGCGUCAAGGUGCUUUGAUCUCACUCGCUAUGAUCAUGGUGCAACAGAAUGAAGUCAUGAAUCCGAAGGUCGCUGCCAUCCGCAAGACCUUGAAGAAGAUUGUCGGCGACCGCCAUGAAGAUGCCAUGACCAAAUUCGGUUGUGCCCUGGCUCUUGGUAUCAUUGAUGCUGGUGGUCGCAAUUGCACCAUUGGGCUCCAGACUCAGACUGGCAAUCUCAAUAUGGCCGGUAUUGUUGGAAUGGCAAUAUUCACACAAUAUUGGUAUUGGUUCCCCUUCACCCACUUCCUCUCAUUGAGCUUUACCCCGACCUCAAUGAUUGGACUUGAUCACGAUCUUGAGAUUCCAAGCUUCAAGUUUCACAGUGCCACCCGUCCAAGCUUGUUCGAUUAUCCCCCUGAGCAAGAGGUGAAGACUGACGAAGCUCCCACUUUGAUUGCCACUGCUGUUCUUUCCACCACCGCUCAAGCUAAGCGACGAGCCCAGAAGAAGGAGCGUGCCCAGCGCCGCGAAAGCAUGGAUAUUGAUCAAACACCAACUACGCCAAAAAUCAGCCAAGCAGCUGGUGACAAGAUGGAUGUUGAUGAGGAGACGAAAGACAAGGAAGGCAAGCCCGAAGAGAAGAAGGAAGGAGAAGCCGAGAAGGAGACUGGCACUGCUGCUGAGAUUGCCAAGAAGAAGUUGGAGAAGGAGAAGGUCGGCCAUGAGAUUGAGAACAUGUCCCGGGUCCUCCCUGCCCAGCUCAAGUUUAUCAGUUUCCCAGCCGGCCGCUACAAGCCUGUCAAAAAGCCAACUGGAGGUGUCAUCUUAAUGAUUGAUUCCCAGCCAAAGGAAGAGAAAGUCUUGUUGGAGGAGAAGCUGAAGAAGGCCUCAAUUGAAAAGGCUGCCGCACCAACAACUUUGGAAGACAUGCGCAAUGAGUCUUUUAACCUGCGCCGACAAGCUGAUGCACAUGGUGAAGCAUCUGGAGCCGCGGCUGCUGCAGGUGUCCUGACUGCAGUCGACGAAGAUGAGGAAGGCGGAGCGGAAGCCGAAGUCCCUGCAGACUUCGAGUACUUCACGGAUAAUGAAGACGAGAACUAGAUGAUGUGUACUUUUAGAUACUCUUCGUGUGUAGCCGUCCAAUACGGAUUAGGAGGCAGCGUCAGCACAAGAGAUGUGUUAAGAUGUUGUACUGUACAAUAUAUACCACUGAGCAUUUCCGCGCUGCUAGAGAUGAGAACCGAG